AUGUCUCCUGGGCCGUCCGCGACCGGCGCACCCGUUCCACCAGUCAGCAACUCACCGAGGUCGGACGAGAUGCACCCCCCCGCCCCUAUCCUUAAGAAAGAAGGAGACCAUUCACAUAUCAAAACACCCUAUCCUGACCUCGCAAUGGGUGUAGACGUCAAUGCGCGGAUCUUCGCCCUUUCAUCGCGAAGUCUUGACGAGACGAAAUACUCAGAGUUCAUCGACUGGCUCCAGAAGGAGCUGGGCAAAGCAUACUCGACUGGAAAACAAAUCUUCGAGGCCGAGAACCAAGCCGCGGUGUCGAUGGCCUGCGCGCAUAAGAUCCAAAUUCUACUCGAUCGUCUCACCGAUCCCGAAACAAUGACGGACCCUCAACUGCAUGUGCUCUUCUCCAUUGCUACUCAGGGUCCUAUCCACGAGCUUUCAGCCCACUGGACCGUCGUGGAAGGGGGGCGUGCGCUGGUUCGAGUCGAAGAUCUGUGGUAG